UCUGGCAGCAGAAGAAGCGGCCGAGGCAGGCUGGUAACACCGCAGUGCACGGACCGAUGCGCGGCUGCUCUCUGUUCUCCCGCAGCACACACGCGUCUGACCAUCCCAGGCUUCGCCGCGUCCCGCAACCCCGAGCCCCCCGCGCCUGAGCCCCAGCUGCGUGCAGCGUGUCUGUGAGUGGAGUAAACAGGAAACGGAUUUGGUUUAUAAAACCACCGGUCACCUCUGUACCGCUUGGACAGGUUUUUCCGAUCUCAGACCUUUCUACACAAUUAAAGGUGCUGCAGGAGCCAGGCUGCUCUCAGGUCAGAACAAAUCCUUCACCAUGGACGUGGAUGAGGAAGAGAAUAUGAGUUCAAGCAGCACAGACGUUAAGGAAAACCGAAACCUGGACAACGUGUCCGGCAAAGACGGGGUGGGAGUCGCUGAUCAGCUCCCGAAUGGAAGCGGCCUGGGCAGUCGAAAACGUCCCUUAGAGGAGGGUAACAAUGGCCACACACAUUCCAAGUUCCGGGCCAAGAAACGCAAGAAAACACCGGGGCCUGUCCUUCCCAAGAAUGCUUUGAUGCAACUGAAUGAAAUCAAACCUGGUCUCCAGUACAAACUGCUGUCGCAGACAGGACCAGUCCAUGCACCAGUUUUUGUCAUGACCGUGGAAGUCAACGGGCAGAUGUUUGAGGGUAUGGGCCCAACUAAGAAGAAGGCUAAAUUGAAUGCAGCUGAGAAAGCACUACGUUCCUUUGUCCAGUUCCCCAAUGCAUCUGAGGCACACCUGGCCAUGGGCCGAACUCUGACAGUGAACACAGAUUUUACAUCUGACCAAGCUGACUUCCCAGACAUGCUCUUCAAUGGCUUUGAGACACCAGCUCCACCUGAAGAAUCUUUCUAUCUAGGCUCCAAUGGUAGUAAUUCCCUAGGGGAGUACCCACUGCCCACACCACCUGGCAGCAACCUUGUCCAGGCCCCAUUGCCCCCUCCGUCUGCAUUCAGCUCAGCUUCCACUGGCAAAAACCCGGUUAUGAUCCUCAACGAGCUCAGACCGGGACUCAAAUAUGACUUUGUCUCAGAAAGUGGUGAGAGUCAUGCCAAGAAUUUUGUGAUGUCAGUAACAGUGGAUACACAGACGUUUGAAGGCUCAGGGCGCAACAAGAAGCUGGCUAAAGCCCGGGCAGCACAAGCUGCCCUGUCUGCUCUGUUCAACAUGCAACUAGACCAGACACCAUCCCGGCAACCCAUACCAAGAGAGGGGUUGCAGCUUCACCUACCCCAGGUUCUGGCUGAUGCCGUUUCUCGCUUGGUGGUGGAUAAAUUCAGUGAGUUGACAGACAACUUCACCUCCCCCCAUGCGCGACGAAAAGUCUUGGCGGGAGUUGUCAUGACAACAGGGACAGAUGUUAAGGAAGCACAGGUCAUCUGUGUCUCCACGGGAACCAAGUGCAUCAACGGCGAGUACAUGAGCGAUCGCGGACUGGCGCUCAAUGACUGCCACGCUGAGAUAAUCACCCGCCGCUCGCUCAUCAGGUACCUCUACACUCAGCUGGAGUUCUUCCUCAGCUGCAACAAGGAAGACAACCAGAAGUCGAUAUUUGUGCUAUGCGACAAGGGAGGCUACAGGUUAAAGGACAACGUUCAGUUCCACCUCUACAUCAGCACCUCACCCUGCGGAGACGCCAGGAUUUUCUCUCCGCAUGAGGCUGGAGUAGAAGAUCAGGGAGACAGACAUCCGAACCGGAAAGCGAGGGGUCAGCUGAGGACCAAAAUUGAGUCAGGGGAGGGCACCAUCCCCGUGAGGUCCAGCAACACUAUUCAGACUUGGGACGGAGUUCUGCAAGGAGAGAGGUUACUCACCAUGUCCUGCAGUGACAAGAUCGCAAGGUGGAACGUGGUGGGCAUCCAGGGCUCUCUGAUGAGCUACUUUACAGAGCCCAUCUACUUCUCCAGCAUCAUCCUGGGCAGCCUUUACCACGCCGACCACCUCUCCAGGGCCAUGUACCAGCGGAUCGCAGACAUCGAGGACCUGCCGCAGACGUUCAACCUCAACAGGCCUCUGCUCAGCGGUAUAAGCAACGCUGAAGCCAGGCAGCCAGGCAAGGCACCAAACUUCAGUGUGAACUGGACAGUGGGCGACCAAGCCCUGGAGGUGAUCAACGCGACUACAGGGAAGGACGACAUGGGCCGUGCGUCUCGGCUCUGCAAACACACCCUCUACAGCCGCUGGGUGCGCCUGCACUCCAAGCUGUCAUCCAUGUUGCGGAUCAAAGUGGCCAAGCCCAGCUCGUACCACGAAGCCAAGCAGGCGGCCACAGAGUACCACUCUGCCAAGAAGGCCCUCAUCAAGGCCUUCCACAAGGCCGGCCUGGGGGCCUGGGUCAAAAAGCCCAUCGAGCAAGACCAGUUCACCCUGAGCUCCUGAGGGAGUCCCGGGGACCAGGGGGUUCCUAACGCGCCCACUCCUCCUUCCCUGACCCAGGCCUGAAAGCUAGAGAGUCCCUCAGUUACCAGCCACUUACUUCCAUCCCCAUGUGUCGGCAACCCAAGUGCACUCUGUGCUUGUGUAGUCUCACGAUCUGUUCAUUGCUCAUCAUUCUCAUUCCUCAGAAGACCUCAGCCUCAUCUUUUUCUCGGCCUAGAUUUUAGUUUGAUUUUAUUGUAUGGAGUUUUCCAUCUGCUUGUCUUCUGUUUUUUUUAACUGGAAUCAGCCAUUGUCACCACUUGGUUGUUAAUGUUUCCCAGAGAUGUCAGGUUCAUCAUGCUGUUAACUUGAAAGUUGAAACUCCAGAGUUUUGUCCGCUUGAUCCAGAAUUAUAUUCGGAUUAGGUAAUAUGUAGCCUCGAAACUCGGGACAGAUGCAUAAAACGUUCACGACUAAAACAGUGUGUACACGCAAUAGCAGAAAUGUGCGUAUGCAUUCUUUUUGCUAGAUUUAGUAAGAUCAUCUAUUUGUUUUUUCCUUUUAGGAAUCUCAAUCCUUGUGAAAUUAUAUCCACAUGUACAAGCUUCAUUUUAACUCCCAUUUUUAGUACGAAGGAGAGGGAGACACUCCUGUAAUUGAAUACUUGCACAUGAAAUCAUCGUUUGGACCACAACUAAACUAAUAUGAUCUCAACAGCAAAAACCACGAUUUUACCCAAAUAUUGUCGAAUUUUAAAUUGAGACACUUAUCGCUAAAGAAGAAAGAGCUAAUAUUAUUUGAGGGUCUCAAAUAAAUUAAGUUAACGCAACGACAUUAAGUUGAAAAGGUUGCUGGAAUCAGACCAAAAGCGGGUUUCCAUUAGUGGAGGUUCAGGCCUGUUUUAUGGGGUUUCUGAUGUUGGUGAGUUUCUGUAAGUUUUAGGAAGUUCUAUAGGGCAGUAAAACAUCCCUGCCUUGAAGUAUGUACUUCAAAGUGCCCCUGAAAAAUUGCUGGUUGCAAUUACGAGUGGUUUUGAUUCUGUGUGAUGGGAUUUAGCUAUCACAAAUGUCCACUUUGAGCAGGAAUUGUCUCUUUUUAUUUAGCACCACUUCCCCUCCUUUAAUCCUGAUCUUGUUCCAAUAUAAUCUCCUUGUAUUUUUUAUUUUUACUUGCUUUGCCAUCUAAUGACACAUUGGCAAAGAAUUAAAGUGUUACACCACCACCAUCAAGUGGUAUGGUGUUACAGUUUGCUCAGUCAGUGGAUCCUGCUGGGUCCAACACUGUAAUGGAGAACCAAUGGGAAAUAAAUCGGGAUAAAAAUAUUUAAAAAAAAAAAACAGACUGAAAGGACAGAGGAAGUGGUGUGCCCUGUUACAGUUAUGACCUCUUAGGUUUUACCUUGUUCCCUACUGAGGGAAACCCCAAUUAAGACAUGUAACAUCUGGGCUGCAGCAAGCCCAGUUCCUCACACAGCUCAAGAAGAACAGUGUAUGAUAGUAACAUGUGGGUCAGCUAUCAUCUGGUGCUAGAAACCUACCUGUGAAUACUCUUUCUCUCCUUAAAGGUCUUCGAACAAUGCCCAGGCAGCCAUCCUCACGUACAACCAUUACAUGCUAAAAGUAUUUGUAGCAAUCAAAGAGAUUAUUAUUAAACACUGAUGAAAUAAAGUUGAAAAAAAAAAAAAAAAACAGAGGGGAGGAAACGCAUUCAUACUCAGGAGUAAGUUCCAUAAAGUAGGUUUUACUUUAUUCCAAAUUCACCCAAUCCUAUUUCCACUUCAGGCUAAAAUCAUUCUGAAAACCUUUGUAAACAUGGUCCAAAGAAUGUGUAUGAUGCACACAUUUUUUCUGCACAUUAUUUCCAAUAUAGAUGGCCACUUUAUGUAGGAAAAGGUGUGUACUUGGCUUUUGUGUGUAUGCACCGUUUAUGCAUCUUGCCCAAGAUUGUUGACCAGAAACGAUGUGUAUGGACCUACACACACACAUUUUUAUUUAUAUAUAUAUAUAUAUAUAUAUAUAUAUAUAUAUAUAUAUAAAAAUUGCUAAAAAUUAAUUAUGAUCUUUAAUUUAAUGAUGCUUUAUUAUUCAAGAUGUAAAUCUAGUACAGAAAAGUGAACAUAAGUUAGCUAUAACAUUUAAUGUGUUAUCUGAUCCCUAGGAUAAGACUUUGUUGUUAGGUCCUGUAUUAAAGAUGACAAUGUUAUUAAGUUUUGUCUUGUUUGGUUCACUGACUGGAACUAAUAUCCAAGGCAGGUGUGAUGAUAGUUUAGCAUUGACUCUUGUGUGUGCUUCAUUCAUCCAAGCAUUUGUUUCUUAAGUUAUUUUCGUCACUGUCAUUUCAUACUUGAACAGUAGAGUGGGUCACGUCCACUCCGGCGCCUGGGUCUUGGGACGAGAUUUGGGAGGUGCUGCACGUUGUAUUUUUCCAUUGAUUUCAAGCCAUGGCUUUGCAUGGAAACUGAACUGAGAGGCUUGCAGAGCAGAAUACAUUCGAUGGGGAACUCCAUGUGUCCAUCAGCGAAUAAUUUUGAAUGAAUGCCAGCAACUUCCUCCACAGGCAGCUUUGAAUUUCUAUUUUCUAGAUUUCUUGUGAUUGAUUGGUUUUGGUGUGGAAGGGACAGCUUUUCUUUUUGUGUGUGUUAUCUUUUUUUCCCCUUAAGAAAAUAAAAAAAAAGCAUAAGAAUUGGGGAUAAAACUCUCGUGAAAAAGUGACAGUACAACAAACCUCUCAGAACUCGUAUUUGUGUCACCUUGUGGCGGUGAUCCAUGACGGCUGUUAGAUCAGCUAUCUGUAGAUGUACUGUAGCGGCACGUACAACACAGUAUAUGAAGUUAUUUUCACAAGAUGCCACAUUAUGCCAGUGUGUAGUGACUGUGAUGCACACACGUCUCUUUCCAAGCACCUUCACAGAAGUGAAGUCAUAUGCAGUCCCUGCAUGAACACUCAAAAAGUCCUACCCCAUUCUAGUAUUUUACAACCAAAUGUGUCACGCUGUGAUGUCACGUCCAUCCUCUUGUCUCACACCCCUCCCUUGGAAACAAUAGCUGCAUAUUAUUUGUGGGUAGACUACUGUUCACCGUGAGUGCGGACGCUCACGUGUUUUAAACUGGUUCCAAAUAACUGCAGUGCUGUCAGACUUCCAGUUGUAGGAGAGGCGUGCGAGUGCGUGCGUGCGAGAGUACGAGGUUUACGUGUGUGCUCAGGUGACUUUAAGCAUACUCCUGUCAACUUUUCACCAAAGAUGAAGAUGUCCACAUGUUUUUUCUGCCCCAGUGUUUUCUAAAAUCUCAUCCAUUUUUUUUUUUUUUUUUUUUUUUUUUUUUCGUUGCCACCAACCCUUUACUGUGAGGUUUUGGUAUAGCCACACGAUGUACUUUGAUUUGUACAGAAAUGAUGCACUCACCUCCAUAAUGAGGUGGGGUGGGGGGUGGGGGGGUGGGGGGUAGUUGGGCUUCUUUAGUGCAUUUGUAGCUGUCAGUGAGCAUGUGUUUACUGUGACCUGUGAUCAUUUUUGCUGCAAUAUAGUAUUUCUGUAUAUAUGAGGAACAACAACAUGGCAAAUCUUCUUCCCUGUAAAUCAAAGCUUCCCUACCAACCGCUCCUUCCUCUGUUGCUGGGAUUGUGAAGCUCUCACUGUUCUUAAGUAUUUAUGGUUCUUAGUGAUUCACUGGGCACCAUAAAGCUGGGCACUAACACUGCCGCGGUUAAUAUACUUCAUCCCCAUUGUAGCCACACACACACACACACACACACACACACACACGCACACACGCAC